AAUAUUAAGAGAGCUUUACUUUCUUUAUCCCAUAAAAGAAUUUGGAGGCCAUGGUCGGAAUAAUGGCUAGAAGACCUCUAAGUCACCGGAUUUUGACGUGGGACAACCGGAAAACUGAUAUUUCCGGCGAGCCUGCGAUUAAUAUUUCUGACACAGUUUUUAGUUUUCUCGAUGAAGAGGGUCAAGGUUCAUCACUAGAAAGUGUUAGUGAUGAUGUUAAUUAUUUUGAAGAUGAAAAUGAGGAGAAAGAAAACUCUGAAAAUGUUGAAGACAAUCAGUUCUGGGAAACUCAACAUCAACUUUUACAAUCUGUAUUAUGCCGGCCGACGCCAUUAGAGUCACAGCUCAGAAGCAUUACUAAAGAAACAAUAAAAGAGGGAAAGCACUCAGCAGAAAAUGGCUGCUCUAAUUGCAGCUGUAAAAUGGUCAAUAAUGGCUGCCACAACUGUCUCAUGAAAGAGGUGUGUAGUCGUCUACAAAAUACAGGUUUCAAUUCUGCAAAUUGCAAGUCUAAAUGGAGGAGCUCACCAGAUAUUCCCUCAGGUGAACACACAUUCAUAGACGUGGUAGACAAUUCCAACCCUAAAAGAGGAGAAGUAAGGGUUAUUAUUGAAUUAAAUUUUCGAGCCGAGUUUGAAAUAGCGAAAGCAAGCGAAGAGUACAAUCGACUGGUGAAAUGCCUACCAGAAGUAUUUGUUGGAAAAAUUGAGAGAUUAAUGUCACUAAUCAAAAUUUUGUGCGAUGCUGCUAAGAAAUGCAUGAAGGAGAAGAAAAUGCAUAUGGGGCCAUGGCGAAAGCAAAAAUACAUGCAAGCUAAGUGGCUUAAAACAUCUGAACGUGUGACUGCUAAACCUCAAUUAUCAACUGACGAAUACUCAAGCCGAUUGCCACGGCCGAAGACAUCCAUGCUAACUGUUGAUUUGUUGGAAAAUUUUCCGUAUUUACAUCGUACUGCUAUUGAAGUGGUGUGAAGGUAGAGAUAUAUAGACAUUAAUUAGUCCUUUGAGCUUAUAAUAAGCUAAUGAACUCGAGUAUAGAUUAUAUUUUGUAACAAGUGAAAAGUGGCUGACUGUGUACGAUUUUUGAAUGAGUUUGACACUAAUAAAGAAAAGAGAGGAAAACAUCUUAUCCCUUAA